UCUCGUGAGAGAAGCACAAUUUAGCGAGAUAUCGAAUUGCCGGCGACGCGACAUGAGAAUCCAUAAACAUUCCAUCGACGAUGCGAUAUAUCUCCAGUGCGAGGGGCCACAGCGGCGGUUAAACGCUGCGAAUAAAGCGACCCAUUGCAGUAUUCAUGAGCGACACGAGGGAAACUUCGCUGGAAGAAGGUAACGCUGAAGAGUUAUAUCCACCGGCAGCGGAGUGAUCCGGCAGCGUAACGGACGACUCGUUAAUGACCGUCAUUAAUGACGUAGCGUUACGUCGAGCGGAGCUGCAAGAAGUGGAGUACCGCCUGCGAUAUACACCUCGACCGCAUUCGUUUUCGCAUUUAAUUACGCGAAGCAACUUGAAACAAGUUCCGCUCGUGUGUGUCGCGUGUUCCGUCGCGUUGCCGAGUAAUUGUUCGAACGAAUGCGUUCAUGAGCGAGAGGUCAGCUCUCGGCAGAUUCCGAUCAAGCUGAUCGGCGAUUAACUCAUCCACCAGAGUUGCCAACAUGAUAAAUGAAACGCGGCUCGUUGCGUGUGAGGAAGUUUCUCUUGUUCGCUCCUUCUGAUUUAUAUUCCCAACUGCUAUCCGAGGGUCGAGCACGUCGUUUGUUGUAUUUUGGCUAUUCAAACUGUUCCAUCUGAAAAUAACUUUUGCUUGCUCCGAUAUAUACGCGGUGUUGUAAUUUUUUAUUAGCGUCGGGCGAAAAUGGAUGUUGGCAAUUCCGCCGGUUAAUCGUCGACUGGUUUAGUCAGAGCUCGGCGAGGGUCACCCUUGAUCGCGGCGGUGAAUUUCAGCGGCAUUUUGCAGCUGAGGCUCUCAGAUACUCACGCUCGCUAUCAGCUCGAUUACUAUGAUGCAUCGUAAUCGCGAUUAAUCGACGGAUCUCAGACACACACGCGGGCUGCGGUUAGAUUUGUCCCUUCGAGUACUCUUAGACAUCUGUCGCGUAGGGCGACAUGCUUUCCCCUCGAUAAGCCGUUCGCGCUACUGAGGGGGAUGCAAAUACUCCGCUUGAAUUUUCUCAUAUACACCGUGGGGGGUGUGUGGCGGCCCAUCGCGUGGUCGUCCAACACCGCCAAGUUCUUGUACAACGCAUUCACCGUCUGCACGAUCGUGCCGUUGUACUUCCUGAUGCUGACCCAACUCAUGGACAUCGUUCUGAUCGUCGACAAUAUGGACGACUUCACCACCAACUCUCUCAUGUUCAUGACCAUCGUCGCCGUCUGCUGCAAAGCCACGAUCGCCGUGCUACGGCGCAACGGGAUAAUCGGCCUGGUGCAGAUGCUGCUGACGGAGCCGUGCAGGCCCCGAGAUGAGGAGGAAGUGGCGAUACAAACGAAAUUCAACAAGUUCAUCAGGUCAUGGUCGAUAAGAUAUUCGCUUCUAGCGUCGGGUUCUGUGACAGGGGUCACGAUCAAGUCGGUGCUGAACAUCAUGCACGGUAUCUUGCCGUAUCGAGUAUGGCUGCCGUACGAUCCGAGCGUGUCUCUGAUGUUCUGGACCACGUCCGUCAUGCAGAUCGUAUCCGUGAUCUUCACGACGAUCAUCAACGUCGGCACGGAGACCUUGGUGUUCGGCUUCUUCCUGCAAACGUGCGCCCAGUUCGAGAUACUCGAGAGUCGCCUUCAGAAAUUGGUGAUCGGCAGAACGAGGUCGCAGCUGAAGAAGUACACGUCGCACAAGACAGAGACGGCGAUAUCGAAGCACGUACAUCACCACCUCCGCAUCUUCGAAUACGCAAGAACGGUCAACAGCAUAUUCAACCAGAUCCUCUUCGUCCAGUUCUUCAGCAGUAUACUGAUACUAUGCACGAGCGUGUAUUACUUAUCGUCGCAUAUCACAGAGUCCGAGUCGGCGACCUUAAUAAUAUACACCAUUUGCAUGUUCGUGCAAAUCUACGUGUAUUGCUGGUCCGGCAACGAAGUCAUACUCAAGAGCGCGAACAUAGGAGACGCGGUGUAUCAGAUGGACUGGCCCGCGUUAUCGGUCAGCGAGAAGAAGAACCUGCUGAUGAUCAUGAAACGUAGCACGGUUCCCAUCAAGUUCACCAGCAGUUUCCUCAUAACUUUGUCGCUCCAGUCUUACAGCAACGUUAGUAUCGCCGCGAGACAGCGUAGUAUAUCGGCUACGGCACCAAAGUGGUCGAGCCUAGCGGACAACUCGCCACGUUACGAAAUUCCUCUUUCAGAUCUUGAAAACAUCGUACUCGACGUACAAUGUGUUGCAGCGCUCGUGAGAUAUAAGCAAUAGUCGAAAAUGUACAUUCGGGAGUAACGACGAUACAGUAGUUCUUAAUAAAUCAGUGGCUGUGAAUCUAAAGGUCCUUCUA